GCCUCGCUCCUGGGCAGGCCUCCGCUGGCCUGGGCUCUAAGUGCUGGACACUGACCACAGCGGGCAGCCCAAGGGUCAGGCCAGCCUUGGAGAAGGUGAGGUCCGGAGUCGGGACCCGGGUCAGCAGGAGGCAAGAGUUGAAAGGCCUGAGACAUGCCCGGGAAACAGUCCGAUGAGGAGCAGGUGGAGGCGGGGACCCCCGAGAACGGAGCUGAGGCCGCGGACGACCUGGGGGGCCUCACGCUGGAGGAGCUGCGGCAGGGCCAGGAGGCGGCCUUGGCCCUGGAGGACAUGAUGACCCUGAGCGCCCAGACCCUGGUCCGAGCGGAGGUGGAGGAGCUGUACCAGGAAGUGCGUCCCCUGGGCCAGGGCCGCUUCGGCCGGGUCCUGCUGGUCACCCACCGACAGAAAGGCACGCCCCUGGCCCUGAAGCAGCUGCCCAAGGCCUCCACGUCCCUGCGGGGCUUCCUGUACGAGUUCUGCGUGGGCCUGUCGCUGGGCGCGCAUCCGGCCGUGGUGGCCGCCUACGGCAUCGGCAUCGAGUCCGCCGACUCCUACAGCUUCCUGAUGGAGCCCGUGCUGCACGGCGACCUCAUCCGCCUCAUCCAGCCCAAGGUGGGGCUCCCGCAGCCCGCGGCCCAGCGCUGCGCGGCGCAGCUGGCCUCGGCCCUGGACCACAUCCACGCGCGCGGCCUCGUGUACCGGGACGUCAAGCCCGAGAACGUGCUGGUGCGCGACCCCGACUGCCGGCGGGUGCAGCUCGCCGACUUCGGCCACACGCGGCCCCGCGGGACGCUGCUCCGCCUGCGCGGGCCGCCGCUGCCCUACACGGCGCCCGAGCUGUGCGCGCCGCCGCCGCUGCCCGACGGGCUGCCCAUCCAGCCCGCGCUGGACGCCUGGGCGCUGGGCGUCCUGCUCUUCUGCCUGCUCACCGGCUACUUCCCCUGGGACCAGCCCCGGGCCGAGGCCGACCCCUUCUUCGAGGACUUCCUGGCCUGGCAGGCCUCGGGCCAGCCCGCCGACCGGCCGCAGCCCUGGGUGGGCCUGGCGCCCGCCGCCGACGCCCUGCUGUGGGGGCUGCUGGACCCCCAGCCCCGGAAGCGGAGUCCGGUGAGCUCCGUGCACCGCUACCUGGGCCGGUCCUGGAGGCAGCGGGAGGGGGAGGCGGAGGCGGAGGCGCUGGGGGAAGGGGAGGAGGGGGGCGGAGAGUGAGGGGCAGCCUGGCCCCCACUUGCCCCGGAGACGCGGGGACACCCGGUCCCACAUCCUGGGGCUCCUGUGGUGGCUUUUGGCUGCCCCUCUGCCUCUCUGCGUCUGUCUCAUCACCGGCCGGUUCUGUCCUCCACCUCCCUGCCUUGUCCUGCGGGCUCUCCGGGCUCCCUGUGUGUGUGCACACCUGCCUCCAUCGACCCCAGGGCCUUUGCACUUGCUGCCUCCUCUGCCUGCGGUGCCCUUGGCUCCUCCCCUCACCUCCUGGGGACCUGAAAUGCUUCCAUCUGGGUCCUGGGGCCGCACCGCCCCCCACCCUCCCAGGCAGCACUGCAGGGGGCCCCAGCCUGGCAUCACCACCCCCCUGUGCUCUGUGACACCCAGUCCCCGCCAGCUGCCCAGUUGCGCUGCGCCCUGCUGGGGCCUGAGCUGCUGGAGGCGGGCCCCGGCCUGUCCUGUGCUCCGUGGGUCCCAGGCAGCUGCGGCCGGGCCACCCUGGCCGGAGCAGGGGGCAGAGGCCUGUGGAGUGAGGGGACCCCUGUGGCUAUGCCCUGGCCUGUCCUCCCUCACACGCUGCUCCCCCUGGGUCUCCCUCACUCCUGGGCCCCUCCCCUCCUCCCUGUGCUGGGGGGCGCCCUCUUGGUGAAGCGCCUUCUCCUUGCACCCCAGUCCCUCCCUGCAAAUAAAGUCCACCUGGCCCCUGG